UCUCUCUUUAGCUGUUCCAGAUUCAGGUGUGUCUCCAGCUGCUGUAGCAGGGAUUGUUGUUGGUGUUCUGCUGGUGGCUGCUGCAGCUGCUGGUGUGAUGUACUACCGUCGGCCCAGGACCUCUAAUCUACCAAACAAAACGUUGCGGGUGACUGUGGGAGGUCAUGUCACUCUAAACCCUGAUACUGAAAUACAGACAGGUGAUGAGAUACAGUGGCUGUUUGGAGAUAAAAACACUCUCAUAGCUGAAAUCAAAGGAGAGACCAGAGAGAUGACUACAUAUAGGGGUCCUGAUAUGAUAUUCAUGAACAAACUGAAGCUGGACAAGACGACUGGAUCACUGACCAUCAAGGUUAUCGCAAUUAAACACAAUGGACUCUACACUCUGAAGAUCAGAAGAGGCAGAAAAACCUUAUACAAAAGAUUCUCUGUUUCUGUCAGAGAGAGGAAGAUAGAAGUGAUGGAGGGAGAAUCUUUCACUCUAAAGCCUGCUACUGAAAUACAGACCGGUGAUGAGAUACAGUGGCUGUUUAGAGAUGAAGAUCUGGGGACUUAUAUGAUAGCUGAAAUCAAAGGAGAGACCAGAGAGAUCUUUACAUAUGAUGAUCCUGAUGAGAUAUUCAGAGACAGACUGAAGCUGGACAAGGAGACAGGCUCACUGACCAUCACAAAUGCACACGCUGGACUCUACAUUCUGAAGAUCAGAAGAGGCAGUAAAACUUUAGACAACAGAUUCUAUGUUUCUGUCAGAGCGAGGAAGAUAGAAGUGAUGAAGGGAGAAUCUGUCACUCUAAAGCCUAAUAAUGAAAUAAUGACAGAAGAUGAGAUACAGUGGCUGUUUGGAGAUGAAGAGCAGCAGACUCUCAUAGCUGAAUUAACUGGACAGAAUGGAGAGAUCUGUACAUAUGAUGUUGCUGAUGAGAUAUUCAAAAACAGACUGGAGCUGGACAAGACGACUGGAUCUCUGACCAUCAAGAACUCCAUGACUGAACACUCUGGACUCUAUAAACUAGAGAUCACAUCCAGCAGUGGGGUUUCAGACCAGACAUUCAUUGUCACUGUCAAAGGUAAUUCAGCUCAAACUGCUUAAUGUUCAGACCCCAUUCAGAGUU